UUGGGGUCUGUACCAAGUAAACUUGAAUGACAAACCAUUUUACUUACUGAACUUUUCCAUAUUUGUCUCUCUAUCUUUCUUCUCUUAAUCAGAUUCUUGGUUUUGUUUUCAAAUCAAAAUCUUUCCAUAUUUCCACCAACUUUUCUGAAUCAAAACAAAAAAAAAUGCAUGCAAGUAAAAGAACCUCUAAAUCCCAUGGUUCGGAAGAUUGGCCGAGGAACGACAACGAGCAGGAAGUGCUCGAGGGUUCUGCUCCUCCUUUGAAGAAGGGUCGUACUGACCAGGAUUGCAUGCUGGUAUUUUUCGCGGAAGCUCAAGAUCUUAUGGAGUCUCUUAAUGCCAGGUAUCCUGACUCUAUGAGCGAUAACGACCUUAAUUUCCAAUUCGCCAGUCCCGACCCUUUAUACCGGCUGUUAGAAGGCAUCGUUAAGCUUGCUCGGGGGGCCACUGAGGACAAUAUCAGAUGCUUAGCUGCUCAAGAUGAGCUUGCUAAAGAGAAGAAGCGUGCCGAACUGCUCGAUGUAUCUCUCGCCUAACACAAAUCGGCCCUCGAAGCCGCAACUUUGAAAGCGUCUUCGGCUGAGGAGAGAAGUAUGAUGCUCUUCUAAAAGAGAAUAAAAACUUGGUCUCGGCUCUUCAGGAGUAUCAAGAUCGUACCAAGAAGCUUCUCGCGGAGCUACAGGCGCUGGAAGAUAAAAUAGUGGUCGAGCAGUCAGGGAAGAAGUUACCCGAUCUGCUUGCUGUAUGUCUCGCGGAACAGAAAUCGACCCUAAGUGUUGCAACUUCGAAAGCA